AUGUCGCGGGGUGCGGCCGGCAGCGGGCGGCUGGUGAGCGAGGCCCCGGCCGCGGAGUGGCUGGAGAGCCAGGCGCUGGGCGGCGGCCUCCACCUGCUCCGCGAGCGCUUCUUCCAGUCAGGCAACCGCGCCAACAUGUGGCUGCUGCGGGGCUCCCACCUGGACCUGCUCAUAGACGCCGGCCUCGGCCUGAGGAGCGUCCCGGACUACCUGAAGCGGGCCGGGCUGAUCGGCUCCAGGCCGCUGCUGGCCGUCGCCACGCACGUCCAUUUCGAUCACUCGGGCGGCCUGCACCAGUUUGAGAAGGUGGCCGUGCACCGAGCCGAGGCCGAGGCUUUAGUGCAGGGCGAUAACUUCGAGACAGUGACUUGGCUGUCGGACAGUGAGAUAGUAAAGGCCCCUGAGCCGGGCUGGACAGCCAGGAACUACAGCGUGCGGCCCGUGCUGCCGGCUCGGGUCUUAGAGGAUGGUGAUGUUAUUAAUCUUGGAGACCGCCAGCUCACUGUCCUACACAUGCCGGGACAUUCUAGAGGUAGCAUCUGUCUCCAUGACCGGGACCAGCGUAUUCUCUUCAGUGGGGAUGUGGUGUACAAUGGAUCUAUGAUCGACUGGCUGCCUUACAGUAACAUCAGUGACUACACCCAAACCUGUGAACGUCUAAUAGAGCUUGCAGACAAUGAACUUGUGCACAAAGUGUUUCCAGGCCAUUUUAACUCAUUUGGGCCUGAAAGACUCCACAGUCUGGCAUCCAGUUAUAUUUCUAAUGUUGGAUUGUGCCACAAAGUUUCAACAAGUGCAGUAAGAUGCAUAGCAAAUCUAGCUCUUCGUGCAAACAAUUUCAGCUGCACUUAAGCAUGAAAAGUGGGUCGAUAAAGAAGAUGUUUAGGAAUUUAAUUGCGAUCCAGUUUAAGCUGCUGGAUCUCCUGUCCUGCAUGCAAUCAUUGUGAUGUGCAGGAUUUGUGGUUAUAGACCAAAGGCUCUCAGAGGAUUAACAUUAAUACUUGAUAAGCUGAAGAGGCAAGUUUUCAGCCGUGUAUCCUGUAGCAGGACUAGAGAUGUUAUGAAAUGGAAAAAUUCACAUAACAGUAAAUAAGGUAAAGUACAUUGUGAUUGUAUUGAGUUAAGAAGUGAAUAACAUUUGAUUCACAAAUGUGUAUAUAUUAAAUGUGUGACAAACCCA